ACUAACUCCUGGCACUUAGAGCUCGACAACUCUUUAAAGGUUUUGACUCACCAGUCGAAAUUGACAGAAUAGGCAAUUGUGCUGCACCCGGCUUAACUGUCUUUUUUACUCCUAUUAAUUGUUUAUGUUUUAUCUCUUCUUCCUGUGACUCGUUAGCCGCUGAAGCUAAGUAGCGAGCUAACUUCUCGAUAGGGAACAAUGACAGCGACUUCUGCAGGCAGCUGUCUCGCUGCUAAAGGACUGGACAUAAGUCUGGCAGCUCUAAAGCGACAAGACCCAUACAUUAAUAACAUUGUGGACGUGGCAAGCCAAGUCGCUCUGUAUACUUACAACAACAGAACAAAUGAGUGGGAAAAGACAGAGGUGGAAGGUACCCUAUUUGUCUACACAAGGCUGGCGUCUCCCAGACAUGGUUUCACUAUUAUGAACAGACUCAGCAUGGAGAACCUUACCGAGCCGAUCACCAAAGACUUGGACUUCCAACUCCAGGACCCCUUCCUGCUUUAUCGCAAUGCACGGCUGGUUAUCCAUGGGAUUUGGUUCUACGAUAAGCAGGACUGUCAACGCAUUGCCCAGAGGAUGAGAAUUUUGACUCAGCAGGAGCAGGUCCUGGCUCAGUCUCAGGGUGGUUGGCUGUCCCCAGGAGGAGGAGGUGGUGUGGGUGUAGGAGGAGGAGAAAGAGGAGGAGGAGGAGGAGGAGGAGGAGGAGGAGGAGGAGGAGGAGGAGGAAGUGAAGGGAAGGCAGUAGACAUCAUCCAGAUGCUGACCAAAGCACACACAGAGUAUGACAAGGAGAAGUCUACUUCAGAGCCAAAGGAGAUUGGCGGCAGCAGUGUUCUUUAUGGAAACCCCAACCUGAUCAAACCAAUACCUGUUAAACCAAACACUCAGGACAGUGACAGUGCUGAGCCCAAGUCUCUCUCUCUGGCCACUCUGUUUGGCUCUCAGCAUCAUCACUCACCUAAGCCUGAGCCGGUCCCUCCAUUGGCUGCCCCUGGGUCGGGGUCAUUAAUGGGGAAAGUAGCCCGCCCGCCUGUAGCCCGCACACUGACCUAUGAUACCACAUUGGGAUCUGGCCGAGGUGUUGCACCGGGGUGUUCAGAUGGUGGAAAUAUUGUUUCAAUCGGGCUGCAGAGUUCAGCUGCUGCCCAUCAGCAACAGCAGCACUGCCCCGCCAUCCAGAAGCUCAUGCAUGCACAGAGAGACGCCGGGGGGGUCGUCGGAGUUCUUCAGACUGUGUCCGAAUCCCCAGAGAACAGGCUAUGUGACAACGGGGUGCCACUGGAGCAGCAUCACCUCCACCAUCUUUACCAUCAUCAGCAGCACCAUCAUCAUCUUCAUCACCAUCAACAGCAACAGCUUCAACCCGACCCGAUCCAGAGACUUUUCCAAAGCCACCCACCUCCUCCCACCUCCACCUCCUUCUCUGCUGCCCCUCCUUGUUGUUCCAUCCCCCCUCCUCUGCAGAAGAACCCCCUUCUCUCCGGCCAGCCCAUACUUGUGGAAUCUGUGCCAUGUUCCCACCUUCAAGCGCAACAAAGUCAGCAGCUGUUUUUUAGCCUACCUAAGCCUCAAUCAGAAGCCCAGCACAACAACCAAUCAGCUUCAACUUUACAGGAAACAGGUUUGCUGCCAUCUCAGGUGUCCAAUGACCAAGGGCUGUCUUCCCAUAUGCCAGGUGUGGUAUCACCCCAUGAAUUGCUUCAAAAGCUCCAGCUGGUCCAACAAGAGCAAAACCUGGCUUCCCAAGAUCCCCCUCGGCCCUGCCCAGGGCUGGCCCCUCGAUUCCUGGGGCCCACUCAAAGUCAAGGUGCAGGCUCAAUUUUAGGUCCAGCCUCAAACCAGAUUACAGCAGGUCAAAAGGCUGCGCUGCAGUUUCAGGUCAUCUCCCCCCAGCGGAUACCAGCAACCGUGGCCCCAACCAUGCUCCUGUCUCCCAGUGUAUUCACUCAGUCGAAGUCUUCUCCGCAGCAGAAGGAGAUCAGAGUUCUGUCCAAAAGCCAGCUCCAAGCCACUCUGCUACAUCUGAUCCAGACUGACAGCUCAUUCCUGGACACCAUCUAUGAGGCUUACAUCAGCCGCUUUGCUAACGACUCCAGCAGCAAGUACUGAUGACUCUUCACACCCUCUGUCUAUACAUACACCCUCUCCAGGGCAGCAAGCCUCAUUCUCACACCUAAUAUGGAUGUGCCACUUCCUCCUCAGAGUAUCCCCAUAGGUUUAGACCAUAGCCAGUCAAACCAACUAUCUUCACUUUAAACCAGGUUUCUCACACCACCACCAGGUUACAACAAAAAAGCCAUAAGGACAACUUAUAAAUGUUUUUAUUCUCAUAUCAAAAUUUCAGCAUUUCUUAGCCUUCAUCUUCAUAUUCUGUACUCCCUUGUUAGUCCUGUCUCUGAAGUUCAUGACCACUCAUUUUUG